AAUGAAACAAGAUGGCUGCUAUAGCAAAUGAGCAUGGUUGGAUCUGAUGAAAACAUCGCUAGUCUUCAUGUUGAAAAGUUUUAAUUAAAUUGUUUAAAAACAGUUUUUUCUGCAAUAAUUCAUCAAUCUAAAGCUAUGGAAAACACAAAGGACACUAAUGGUAUAGUUUGGGAGAGUUCAGUUAUGGUUAAACAGGAAUUGAGUGACGAAAUCAUAACAUUUAUGGACAUGAAAUCAGAUGAAACAUCAGCUAUUUCAAGUUCAGAAGGAGUACAAACAAAUAUAUCAAAACUCUUUUCAAAUUCUGAAGAUAUAAAGCAAAAUGUAUCAACACAAUUUUCAACUGUUAAAGACAAAUACUUGGAGGAAACAAUGCCAUUUUUAGCUUUAGAAUAUAAAAAUCUUGAUAAAACAAAGCCUUUGUUUAAUUUAGAAGAGAUGAAACAAGAUAACCCAACAUCAUUUUCAUCUUCUGAAGACAUGAAACCAAAUAUAUCAACAGCAUUUUCAAUUUUUGAAGAUAUAAAACCUGAGAUAUUAACAAUUUCAUCUUUGGAGAAUGAACAACGAAAUGGUUUCAAAGCACAGCAACAACUUUCUUCCCCACCAGAUUCAACUGAUUUUAAAGAAAAUUUAGCAGUUUUAAAAUCAGAUCUUCAAAAUGAAUUAAAACAACUCAAGUUAUUGCAUACAAAAUUGAAUGAUAAUCUCCCAACAGAAUAUCAGAUCAAUGAUAAGGGACUGAAGACAUACAAGUGUGAUAUGUGUUGUCAAAGAUUUUUCCAUUUUGAUCAUGUUAAACAACACAUAAACAUUCACACAAGGGUGAAUCCAUAUGGUCAUGAUUUUCAUCAGCAAGAAGUUGUUAUGAUCAGUCAGGGUGAACAGAUUAACAAAAUAAACCUACAACAGGUAUACAAUAAGUCUAGUUUGUCUAAAAAGUUCACCACUAAGUCUAGUUUAUCCACACACACAAAUAUUCAUUCUGGAAUUAAUAAGCCAUAUGAAUGUGCUGUGUGUAAUAAGAAAUAUCAUAUUAAAAAUCAUUUAGCAAAACAUAUAAAGAUACAUUUAGGAGAAAGACCAUAUGAAUGUGAUGUGUGUCACAAAAAAUUUAGUCAAAAGGGUCAUCUAUCAGAACAUAAAAAUAUUCAUUUACCAGAGAGACCAUAUGAAUGUGAUGUGUGUCACAAAAAAUUUAGUCAAAAAUGUAGUCUAUCACAACAUAAAAAAAUUCAUUUACCAGAGAGACCAUAUAAAUGUGAUGUGUGUCACAAAAAAUUUAGUCAUGAAGGUAAUUUAUCUAAACAUAAAAAUAUUCAUUUACCAGAGAGACCAUAUGAAUGUGAUGUGUGUCGCAAAAAAUUUAAUCAUAAAAGACAUUUAUCAGAACAUAAAAUGAUUCAUUUACCAGAUAGAUUAUAUGAAUGUGAUGUGUGUCACAAAAAAUUUAGUCAAAAAUAUAUUCUAUCACAACAUAAAAAUAUUCAUUUACCAGAGAGACCAUAUGAAUGUGAUGUGUGUCAUAAAAAAUUUAGUGUUAAAAGUCAGUUAUCUACACAUAAAAAUAUUCAUUUACCAGAGAGACCAUAUGAAUGUGAUGUGUGUCAUAAAAAUUUUAGUUGUAAAAGUAAUUUAUCUAUACAUAAAAAUAUUCAUUUACCAGAGAGACCAUAUGAAUGUGAUGUGUGUCAUAAAAAAUUUAGUCAUAAAUGUAAUCUAUCAGACUAUAAAAAAAUUCAUUUACCAGAUAGACCACAUGAAUGUGAUGUGUGUCAUAAAAAAUUUAGUCUUAAAGGUGAUUUAUCUAAACAUAAAAUACAUAUUCAUUCAAGUCUCAAGCCACAUGAAUGUGAUGUUUGUCAUAAAAGUUUUGCCCUUAAAUCUAGCUUAUCCCUACAUAAAAAUAUUCAUUUACCAGAGAGACCAUAUGAAUGUGAUGUGUGCCAUAAAAAAUUUAGUCAGAAAGGUCAUUUAUCAAAACAUAAAAUAACUAAACAUUUAGGAGAAAGACCAUAUGAAUGUGAUGUGUGCCAUAAAAAUUUUAGUCAGAAAUAUCAUUUAUCAGAACAUAAAAUAACUAUUCAUUCAAGUCUCAAGCCACAUGAAUGUGAUGUUUGUCAUAAAAGUUUCGCCCUUAAAUCUAGAUUAUCUAAACAUAAAAAUAUUCAUUUACCUGAGAGACCAUAUGAAUUUGAAUGUGAUGUGUGUCACAAAAAAUUUAAGGAUAAAAGACAGUUAUCACAACAUAAAAUGAUUCAUUUACCAGAUAGAUAAUAUGAAUGUGAUGUGUGUCACAAAAAAUUUAGUCAAAAGGGUAAUCUAUCAGAUCAUAAAAAUAUUCAUUUACCAGAGAGACCAUAUGAAUGUGAUGUGUGUCACAAAAAAUUUAAUUAUAAAAGACGUUUAUCAGAACAUAAAAUGAUUCAUUUACCAGAUAGUUGAGAUAGAUUAUAUGAAUGUGAUGUGUGUCACAAAAAAUUUAAUCAUAAAGUUAAUCUACACAUAAAAAAAUUCAUUUACCAGAAAGACCAUAUGAAUGUGAUGCAGGGGCGGAACUACAGUGCCGCCAGACCCCGCAAUGCGGGGGGGGGGGCACGCCGUUUAGGGGCCCACAGCCGCCCAUAAUCAUUUUUUUUAUAGUUAAAAUUAAUUUUCUUGCAUUUUUGACUUGAUGAUUUUUUUGAAAAAAGAAUACUGUAGCUGCGGUUGGAGUAUCUUUAUUCUAUAGACACCAUCCCAUGCUCUUGUAUAUUCUUUUUCCUACAAUCAAAUACACACUGUUGUUGGCAAAAUUCUUUUGAAAAAACAUCAAUUGCGCGAGAGGCCGCUAGAUAUUAAGACGGCUUAUUGAGACCAUCCCAAAUUUGGUACUGAUGGAUAAAAGCACAUCGU